GGCGGCGGAAAGACAACUAUUCCUGAUGACGACCCGAUAGCCGAAAAAGUUAAAUGUGUCAUUCAACCAUCGAUCGAUGGUUUACGAAAUCCAUUCGACAGCGAUAAUGUAGCAGUAGCAGAUAACGUUAAUGUGGAUGAGCUGGAUGCAAAUGACAAUGACGAUGUGAUUUUCGAGGUUGAAGCACUCGAUGAAGCAGGUUUAUCAACGGAUUGGACUGAUUGGACCCCGGCAAUGCUGCAAUCGGAGAAGAGUAGUGAAUUACAAAAUCCAGUAUGCGAUGAUGAAGGAGCUUCAAAUUCGUACCAUCUUUCAUAUAUUGAUGUAGAGGCAGCUAUAGAAACAUCGUCUAAACAAAAUCAAGAUCUGGCAAACCCUGCAGGUUCGACCAUAAAAAAGAAAAUUGUAAAGCGGGGAAGACAGACGAGAAUGCCUGUAAUAAGUGCUGUAAGACGCAACCAAUGUUUUUAUGAUUUAGCUCAAUCUAAAGCGGAAUUAGUUGAGAUGAUGAAGGAGGAUCUGCGUGCAAGAUCUGAAAUAGAAUUGCAAAUUUUAAAAACACAAUUGGAAAAAGAACAACUUGAAGUUGAACUUCUAAAAAAGCAACUACAAUCAUAUGAGAAAUAAAACUUUAGUAUUUUUUUA